CUGUUUCCUCUUAGGUGACCGCUUUUCUCCUUUUCUUCUUGCUUUUUUCACUUCUUCUUCAACGAUCCCUUCUCACUUAGAAAAAACAAACCACAUUCUAUUCUCCCACACCUUUCUUCUUCUUCUUCUUCCUCUGUACAACCCAUUUCUGCACUCUGUAUCUUCCCAUGGAAACAACUUUCCGACUAGGCACCGGCAGCGGCGGCGGCGGCGGUGGUGAUGAUUAUGGAGACGAGGAGGAACUGGAACUUGGAUUAGGGUUAAGUCUUACAUCCGGUGCUUAUACUCCAUCUUCCAAUGGUGCUAUCAGCAGUCAAGUGGUGGGAUGGCCACCUGUGAAGACUUACAGGAUGAACAGUUUGGUCAACCAAGCGAAAUUUUCAAAGACCGAAGAAGAGAAAGGAGUUAAUGGAAACGACGUCGUUGCCACCACUUCAAAAAAGAAGAACAAAACCCAUGAAAAGAAGAAAGACGAAACAAUCGUUAAAGAAACAGGUCAUUCUGGAUAUGUGAAAGUGAAUAUGGAUGGAUUGCCGAUUGGAAGGAAAGUCGAUUUGAAUGCACAUGAUUGCUAUGAAACUUUAGCUCAAGCUCUUGAAGUUAUGUUCUUGAAAGCAUCCACAAGUUCUCGUAAAGAAAAGCAUCAAGGAAAACAAAGAUCUCGGCUUUUGGAUGGAUCUUCCGAGUUUGUUCUCACUUAUGAAGAUAAAGAAGGCGAUUGGAUGCUUGUAGGAGACGUGCCAUGGAGGAUGUUUUUGGGCACUGUGAAAAGGUUACGAAUCAUGAAAACUUCAGAAGCAAGUGGACUUGAAUUAAGAAGAUGAAGAAACACGAAAAGAACACCACCACAGAGACUAGAAAAAGAAAAUGAAGCUUUUGUUUGCAUAAUCUUGGUUGCUUUAUUAUAUGUUCACCUUUUUUUGGGUUCGAUCCCUGGUUUUUUGUCCAUUCGAUUCUUUUUUAUGUUUUUGUUGCGUAAGUGUAUUAGAUGUGUUUUGCUUACAUAUAGUUUUCAUACCAAUCUUGAAAGGUUUGAUUAUGUUAUUUACAAGUUUCUUAAGCUUGCUACAAUAUGUGACUUUUUCUUUAUAUUACAUUUCAAUCAUCGUUUUUGUUAUA